CUGCGGAGCUGGCGGCCUGGUAAAGCUCGGAACCAGCUUCUGUUUCAUCACAGGAUGGUUCUGAUGGUCCCCUGAGAGGUCCAGUAAACGGAACCAGAACCAGAGAACUUUCUGCUGUCGGGUUCCAUGAACCAAAUAUUUCCAAAGUGGGACAGAAUCUGGACCUUUCUCACCAAUCCGACCUGGUAGCUGGUACCAGGAUUAUGGGUUAGUAAGUUCUGCUCCUCAGACCCGGUUUCACUGGGUCACCAGCCAGAACCGCCUCUGUUGAUACCUGGGCUUUAUAGCAGAACAUCAGAACCACACCGGACCGAGGCGGUCCUUCAGAACCCGACCCGAACAAACACCAAGCAGCGACAAAUCAGAGUUCUCCCGCAGACCUCCACCUGCAGGCGGGUUCUAGACAGGAUGAGUUCUGGUCUGGACCCAGAGGAACCAGAACUCCCACAGAUUAAAGAAGAACAGGAGAAAUCAGAGCCAGAGCUGGACAAAGAUGAAUAUGUAGAAGUGCACAUCAGUGAGGAUGAGGAGGAGCUGGUGCUGAAGCAGGAGCAGGAAACGGACCCAGACGAAUCAGAACCAGAGCAGAACCAGGCUCGGUCCCAAAGCUCUGCUGAAGCUGAGAAUGUGGAUCAGAAAGGAGGCAAUGAAGAAGCAGAGAAGGAACCUGACGGUGUUGGAACGUCUGCCAGUUCUGAGGCAGGGACUGGUUCCGACCCGAAUAGAAAACCCUCUCAGUGUGACGUGUGUGGAAAACAUUUCACUCAGAGUUACAACAUGAGGGCUCAUCGCCGGAUCCACUCAGGCGAGCGGCCGUACUCCUGCCAGGUCUGCGGGAAGAACUUCAUCAAGUACGACAACAUGCUGGUCCACAUCAGAACCCACACGGGUCAGAAACCUUAUUCCUGUCCGACCUGCAGCAAGCGCUUCAGCCAGCGCAGCAACCUCACCUUCCACAUGAGGAUCCACGUCGGUGACAAGCCCUUCACCUGCAACACCUGCGGGAAGAGCUUCACCUCCAGCGGCCACCUCACCAUCCACAGGAGAACCCACACAGGAGAGAGGCCCUACCUGUGCAACGUCUGUGGGAAGAGCUUCAGCCAGAGCGGCGGCCUGUCGGCCCACCGGAGGACCCACACUGGCGAGCGGCCGUUUACCUGCAAGGUGUGCGGCAAAGCCUUCAUCAGGAGCGACGAGCUGCUGGUCCACAUUCGGAUUCACACUGGGGAAAAGCCGUACACCUGCAAGAUCUGCUCCCGGAGCUUCGCCCGCAGUUGCCACCUAACCACCCACAUGAGGACCCACACCGGGGAGAAGCCCUACUCCUGCCGAAUGUGUGGAAAGAGCUUCAGUGAGAACCGCAGCCUGACCGCCCACGUCAGAACGCACACAGGCGAGAGGCCGUUUUCCUGCAACACCUGCCACAAGGCCUUCACAGACAAACGCAACCUGGCCGCUCACGCCAGGACCCACACGGGCGAGAAGCCCUUCUCCUGCUGCAUCUGUGGGAGGAGCUUUGCAGAGAACCGGAGCCUGACGGGCCACAUGGCCACGCACACGGGGGAGCGGCCAUUUUCCUGCAAAGUCUGCCAAAAGGGCUUCACUCAGAGCAGUAAACUGGCCGCUCACAUGAGGCAACACAGAGAAGAAAACGUUUAGGUUCCUCUGCUGAUUUUAUUCAGAAGAAGAAACUGGAAAACAGAAGGAGCUCAUUAAGUCACUGUAUUUGUAGCAGCUUACAAUACCUUUAGGGAAUACAUUUGGUUGGUGUUCAUAAGUCAUAUUUAGGGCUUCUGAUGAAAUUUUAAAAAAUAUUCAAAUCCAGUUCUGUUGUCCUGAACAACAGAAUGUAGCUCAGAGCCUCCUCUCACGAAGGAACUCCUGGCUAGCUCGCCAUAUUUAGCGCUGGACUCGCUGGGUGGUCCGACUGCCGGGAUGACUCUCCCAGAUCUGUCCUCUUGUUUGCACAAAGGUGUCAGAAUCAGCAGUUCUGGGUUGAAGUGGUG